UCUAGCCCGUUGGCGCUCUCUAUGGCGUUCCGUGUCGCCUAGGCGACGGCGGCCCGGCAAGAUGGCGUCGGCGGUGCUGGCGGGGUGGCGGCUGCGGCAGGCCGUGGAGGGCGGCGAGCUGGCGGGGCUGCCCGACGGCCUGCAGGCCGAGCUGGAGGCGGCACUGGCCUCCCAAGGCGCCCUGGUGCCCUUCAGCCUGCUGCGGAGGCUGCACACCGCGCUGAGGGAGGCAGGGUCCCCGCUGUAUCUACAUGAGCUCCUGGAAGGCAGCGAGAUCCACCUGCCUGAGGUGCCGGUACCGCCGCGGAACCCUGAGCUGGUGGCCCGGCUGGAGCGGAUAAAGGCUAAACUGGCCAACGAGGAGUACCAGCGGAUGACCCGCAACAUCACCGGCCAGAUGAAUGGGACAUUGGCCGAAUUUGGGAGGCAAGUUCGCUCUGUUAAAGCCGUGGUCAUCACCAUAUUCAACUUCAUUGUCACCGUGGUGGCCGCCUUCGCCUGCACGUACCUGGGCAGCCAGUACGUCUUUGCAGAGACCGCGGCGCGCGUCCUGUCAGCGGUAAUUGUGGCCUCGGUGGUUGGCUUGGCUGAGCUCUAUGUGAUGGUGCGGACCCUUGAAGGGGACCUUGGGAAACUAUAAUCACACGCAUCCCCGUGAACUGCGGCCCUCGUGCUGGAGGCUUUUGCCCUCCCCAGGAGUCAUUGAUCUGGGGCAGGUUUCUCUUUUACCAUCUGUUUGUACCUGCUCCUGUUACCGGGAAGACUGCCGCAUUCCUCAGGCCUCAUCCUUUGCUUCCCGCUCCUUAACGUUCCUGAAAUGAAUCAUGGAUUAAAAAUCCUGCAGCUGCGGAAGAGAAGAGCGGACAGCUGUGGACUCUCACCAGGCCAGCCCAGAGAGGGGCAUUAGCUCCUGCUGUUCUCCUGUGAAGUUGCUGUCCUUUUAUUCUGGAAAUAAAUAACGUUGCGUGUUUGCAAACUUC